UUCUGCGUUCUAAGUGUAAUGGAGAACAUUUGCUAGGACCACAGACCUUCUAGACUGUAAGUUCUGCAGAUGGCUGAUUUUGCACAUUGUUCGCAUCUAAUCCAGGGCUAUUGGGAUCAGCUCGUGCAUUGGCUCGAACCAUGUCCAGCUCCUCUACUUCACUGGCUUCAUGGCUCUGCCUUCAUCACUCGGUCAGAAUAUUUCUCCUUACUGGAGGUCAGACCCAAGAAGAACCAGGUCAUUUCCAUUCUGGAGAGAGUCUGCCACGAGCCGGCAGCAAGCCAAAUAUUUCUGGAGAAGCUGAAGGAGCUGCAAGAGAUCUACAACCCUGAACUUCAGCACUGGCUGCAAGAGACAGUAUUCAUGCGAAGCAAAACGGAACUUUUUAUAAUUUCACCAGAUCAUCCCCUUAAAACUUCCAGAGGGAAGUCGCUGAUGUUUUGGCAAACCAGAAAAUAUAAAUUGCCACGGAUAUCUGCAGAUAUGCAAAAGAACAAUAGCUCAACUUUCCGGAAGGGCUUGGACCGACAACUCAAAGCUGCCCUGCAAAACCACCGUCGCUUGUUGCUGACCCAAACCGAGAAGCUGCGCACCAACAUGGAAGAUACCGAGCCUUGCAAAAGUCCAGAAGUCUACUACCCUGACCUCCUCCUCCUCAACAGGCUGCCCUAUUCCAAUCCCACCAGCCACGAUUACUUGCAGCUGGCUUCUCAUCAGACCUGGUUUCGUUCCUACCAUGCCUCCUCCCAUCUGGAUCUGUGUCACCUUUUCUCUCCUUUCCCCCAGGAGAGCUCCCUGCCUCACCGGGUGUUGCUGAGCGGCCCUGCCGGUAUCGGCAAGACUGUCCUUGUCCAGAAGAUCCUUCAUUACUGGGCGCUAGGCAGAGCCUUCCAAGGUUUUCUUGGAGUCCUGAAUUUUUCCUUCCAGGAGCUCAGCCUCAUCACUGCAACCCAGAGUUUGGAAGACUUGAUCCGCCGUAAGUUCGCGCAUCUGAACGGAGUCCUUUCUGCACUGCUGGAGCGACCGAGGGAACUCCUCCUGAUUUUGGAUGGACUGGAUGAGUUCAGACAUCUACUGGACAGCAAACAUCCCUGCCUCUGGCCGGAUGAGUCAGGCCACAUGAAAGAUGUGGUGUGCGGUCUCCUCUAUGGGACCUUGCUCCCCGAGGCCACCAUUUUGGUCACGUCCAGAUCUUCCGUUCCUCUUCCACCUGAACUUUUUAACCGUCAUGUUCUUAUCCUCGGUUUGCAAGAAGCACAGGUGAAGGACUAUGUCUCCCAGUUCUUCCAGAGCUCCAGACAUGGCAUGGAAGUGAUGAACUACCUCUCAACUCAGCAUGGCUUAGCCAACUUUACCUUCCUUCCUCUCUACUGCUUCGUUCUCUGUUCAGCUCUGGACCAAUGCUUCUCAGAUGAAGGGGCCCCCUCACCCAGCACCAUCACUGAGCUCUAUCUGCUUUAUGUGUGCACCAUCCUGAAGUUACACCAAGUUCCUUCUGGACAAGAAGAAGCAGUGAAGUGGGAUUUGAGGAGGGAGAAAGAUUUGCUGCUGCAGCUUGGUCAGUUGGCCUAUGUUGGUCUGCUAAGGGGACAGACUGUGUUCUAUGCCGAUGACCUACAGGAGUUCGGUUUUGAUCCAUGGAACCUGCCUUUUUAUCUGAAUCAGAUCUUCUUCAAGGAGACCAAUGACAUCUACAUUUUUUCCCACUUGACGGUACAGGAGUUUUUGGCUGCAUUAUACUCCGUGGUUAACUUGGACUUCAACGCUGGGGAAUUAACUUAUUGCCUGGAUCUCUGGUGGAAUGGAAAAACUCCAGAAGAUCGAGAUACCGGUAGCUUUCUGAACCCAACAGAGAGAUCUGCUAGUGGAUUUUACAAUUAUACCUGGCAAUCUCUGAAUAGACACCCACAGUGGGACAAACUGCAAAUGUUUUCCAGGUUUUUCAUGGGGUUGUUGACCUCUAGACUGGAAGGCAAGUUGGAAGGACUGCUUGGGAGUAAUUGGGAAGGAGAUCCAGUCCUACUUUUGGCAGACUGGUUUGGGAAAAAGGCUUCGUGUGAAUCAGGUCUGAAGUUGCUGUCCUUGAUACAUUGCUUGGCGGAGCUGCACCAGGAUGACGUGACCCAGAAGGUCAUUUGCAAGAUGGGUGAGGUGGAUCUGUUCACGGUGACACUGAACCGAGCAGAUUGCGCGGCUUUGGCCUAUGUUUUGAGUUGCUCAAAGUCUCAGGUGCUCCAGAAUCUCAACUUAAGCUACAGCAAUAUGGGCACUGGAGGACUGAAACAGCUGCAGGACCAUCUCCAUCGCUGCAAAACUUUGCAAUUGCAAUACAAUUCUCUGGACUGGGAAGCAGCAGAAAUCGAAGCGAUGGUUCUAAGGUCCCCCCAGUGUUGUCUGGAAAAACUGGUGCUUUGUGGGAACCGGCUGAGUUCCCGUGGGGCGAAUCUCUUAUGGAAUGUCCUUCGCGAUAACACCACCCUAGAAGAGUUGCACUUGGACCUCACGAAUCUUACGGACAGAGGCCUCGAUAACAUUUUGGAUUGUCUAUCAGGAAAUACAACUCUCCGGCUCCUUAGCAUUACAGGGAACAGAUUUAGCCAAGCAGGCCACCAUAUCCUAUCUGAAUUGCAUCGCAGAAAACCAAAACUUAAGAUCGUCAGCAGUUUCCUAUCUGAUACGGCGUUGCUCCAGAAUUAUCUGGACUGGGUGGACAAGCUCACAAUUGAGCAAAUGGAGUCGGUGAGCAAUGCUGGAGCCCUGGACACGAUUCUGGAAACUUUGAUGGACACAGAUGAUCCAGAAGCUAGCCAGGAAGCUCAGGAAAAAGCUGGAGAGCUAAAGAAAAAGAUCUUUGCCAUCCGGAAUGAUGACAAAACAGAAGAAAACAGCAACAAAUCCUAUUUAAUCUGAUCUGUGAAGCAGGAGGGUUUUGGUGAGCCAAAAAGCGUUAUCAUUUCACAGAAUUUCUCGUCUCUUUAUUUGAGCCCAUCCACGCUGCUUGUUAAAUAAAGGAAUACAGGUAGCCUUGGAUUUUGCUAGCAUUCGUCUGGCGACCGUUCCAAGUAACUUACGACCGAUAGUCCUCGACUUACAACCCAUUCGUUUAGUGACCGUUCAAAGUUAGAACGGCACCGACCCAAGUGACUCGUGACUAUUUUUCACAGUUAUGACCUUCGCAACAUCCCCCAUAAAUCAGGCGACCAACAUUCAAACGCUGGCCCACAGGUUCAUAUUCAACUUGAAGAGGCGUGGACUUCAACUCCCAGAAUUCCCCGUGGCUGGCUAGGGAAUUCUGGGAAUUGAAGUCCACACAUCUCAAAGUUGCCAAGGCUGAGAAACACUGGCUGAGCUCUGAAACACCAAGAGGCUAAGGAAGCCCAAAUCCUCCCUCUUUUCCUCCAUCUCAGAGAAGGAUUUUCAUAAACCCAAAUUUGUUUUUCUGACAUUUCUGCAACAUUUAAGGAGCAUAAGCUACAACGCUUCCCCCCCCUCUCCCAAAAAAAGCCAUUAACAAUAAAACAAAUCUAUUGACUGAAACGUGCAGACACUAAGACUUUGGGUAGAUCUAAAGCGUGUGUCAAUCUUCCUAAUGGACAUUUCUUCAGCAGCAGCCACUACCUGUGUCGGCUUCACCACAAAAUUUAACUGAACAGAAUUGGAAGGGACCUUGUAGGUCAUCUAUUCCAAUCCCAAAGCAGGAGAUACUACACCAUUUCUGACAAAUAGCAGUCCAGUUUCUUUCUUCAACGCUUCCAGUGAUGAAGCUUCCACAACUUCCGAAGGCAACUUCUGUUCCAUUGGUUGAUUCUUCUCACUGUCAGAAAAUUUCUCCACAUCUCAGGUUGAAAAUCUCCUUCAGUUGUUCUGUUUCCAUCUCUUAUUCCUGCACAAGUCAAAAAGAGGGCUGUGAAAAUAUUUACGGACCCCUCACAUCCUGGACAUAAACUAUUUCAACUCCUACCCUCAAAAUGAUGUUCUAGAGCACUGCAAACCAGAACAACUAGACACAAGAACAUUUUUUUCACCAAUGCCAUCACUCUGCUAAACAAAUAAUUCCCUCAACACUGUCAAAUUAUUCACUAAGUCUGCACUAUUAAUCUUCUCAUUGUUCCCACCACCCAUCUCCUUCCACUUAUGACUGUAUGAUUGUAAAUUUGUUGCUUGUAUCCUUACGAUUUAUACUGAUAUUGUUUCCUGAUUGCUUCUUUGUACCUUAUGACUAUCAUUAAGUGUCGUACCUUAUGAUUCUUAAUGAAGGUAUCUUUUCUUUUAUGUACACUGAGAGCCUAUGCACCAAAGACAAAUUCCUUGUGUGUCCAAUCCCA